AUGAUCGGCAAACUUGAAGCGUACCAUUAUAUCCCACGACUGGUGGAAGAUAUCCUUCACAAAGAUACCCGCAGCUGGUCAGGAAACCGUUCCGUCUACGUGCCCCAGAGCAAGCCCAUUUCCAACCUAUCCUGGGCGAUGCAAAUGGUGGCAGCAUUUCAGCUGGUAGCCUCCAGUUGGACCUACGCUCGAUCGCUCAAAGAUGCGAGCGGCACUGGGCCAACAGACGACGACAGCGCCCGUACAGUGCUCCUCGGCACCGGUACGAACGACGUUACAGGCGAACUCGAAACCCUGCUUCCCGCAGCGCACUAUAGUCGUAAGCUAAAAACCACGUCUCAUUACAAAGUCCAGUUCCGGCACUUGACGAAGAACUAUGAACGAAAGGAUUUGUAUCCCAUGCGGCAAACCGACGACAACGACGAGUACGGCAAUACAGGCUUUCUCUAUGGUAGCAGACGUGACUCAUCGAACCUACUAGUGGCCUUCGUUGAUGCCAAUAAUUUGCGGGCAAAGGAUGAUUCUAGUACACCAGCUAAAGGCCCAGAUGCCACGACAGCUGCUCUGAUCACGGCUGAGGCCAUAAAGCGUCAAUUUAUGGCUCACCAACAACUCGACGCAGCAAUUGAAGCAGCAUGCAAUCCAGAUCCAAAUCGCAGCGUCGAGCUUGCCGAUGGCCCUUUUGUCGCAGUCAACCUCUUUGAUCAAAAGGGAACACACCUAGGGUGGUUGGGGCCCAAUGGACAGGUUGUCAAAUCGAAAACGAUGGGCCACUCGGUAUUUUCCAGCUCGAAUACACGCCAGAAACCCCAGACGAAGCUGGCAGGAGAGCACCCGGAAGACAUGAACUGA